UCGGAAGACCUGCGUUCCCAGCAGGUAAAAAUCUUCAAUUUGACUCAAAUUGGAUUGACAUUCCAAAAUUAUUUAAUCUUACCAAUGUAUUAGAACUAAGUGGUGACGAUAAUUGUUUUGUCAGUUAAUGUUAAAUAUUUAGUUUUAUGAAAGAAAGAGAGAAUGAUAUAGUAGAUGGGAGAUGCGAAGGGAUAUCGGCUGGCGCCGGAGCAUCUGAAAUCUUGACUUAUGUAAAAUAUCAUUUUUGCGUAACUUAUGUUGUGUCCUAAAUGUGUUCUCAUAAACAUUACUCAAGCAUUUUAAGUGCAURGUAAUUAUUUUAGCACCUUUGAUCUUUUUUAAACUCUGACGAGCUUCAACCACCUGUUGAUGACGAGCCCGUCGUAUACACUCCAUCAGCGGUUUACCACAAAACAUCAUAAAGCAAUGGCGGCCGGAGUCAGCCCUCUGUACUUAUCGUUUCUUUUUCUAGUAUUUUUCUUUAUUUUUUCGCCAUGUCAAGGUGGCUUAUAUUCAUUACACGAUGACAUAGUCCUUUUAGAUAACAGUACAAUAGAUUCAGUUAUUUAUAAUAGCCCAUCAGCUUGGAUAGUUGAGUUUUACUCAAGUUGGUGCGGCCAUUGUCAGGCCUUCGCUCCGACAUGGAAAAAACUAGCCAAAGUGGCCAGAGAUUGGCAAAAUGUCAUCCAUGUGGCAGCAAUCGACUGUGCAGAUGAGAGAAAUAUGCAAACAUGCAGAGAUUAUGAUAUAGCUGAGUAUCCUACUAUUAAGUUUUUUAAUGCUUCAAUGGAAGAAAAGAGCAAUAAAGGAAGAAAUUUUAAAGUCUAUACAAAAGAAGAUAAAACAUUCAUCAAUCUAUUACAUACAAUGGUGGAUGUCGCAGAGCAACAAACCCACUUGUCAAAUCAUGUUCCAGACUUUAAAUCAAUCGAAGAGAAAAGCACGCAAGACUUCAUGAAAGGAAUCGGACUGCAUGAAAUAUUGCUCAUCGUCUUUGAAGAACCUUACUCAUACGUUGGCAAAGAGCUUGCACUAGACAUGAUGAGAUUUCCACAAAUUGCUGUCAGAAGAUCAACUGACAAAAAGUCUCCAUUAAUGGCCAAGUAUAAUAUAGCAAGGAACAGAUUUCCAGUCCUAAUUAAAAUAGAAAGAGGUUUUAGACCUACAGAACUGUCAAG